AUGGCGUCGAGAAAACCUUCAACACUUUUGAAAGGACAGAAAUCUGCCUCAGAAGAUUCGCAAAACUCAAGAAAUGAAAACAGCGGGAAUGACAGUGGAACGAGAGUUAAAGCAAAAUCGGCUGGAACAAUUGUGAAGUCUCGUUAUUUGCAGACAGAGAGAAAAACAAUGACAAAGAACUCCGUUCUCAACGAGUCGACCUUUUUGCCACCCCGGCCCGCGUCGCCCAGAGUGCGUAGUGCCCAGAAACCCAGAGCGGGCACCCCUCCCAGGCGCUCCGUGGCCGUGAUGUCGGAUCUCACCCAGACGCCAAUGAUCACCAGCAUACUGGAUUCUUCAAAGUCUGCAGGAAACGUUUUCCAGUCCACCGUGCUGGAUGGCCACUCUAUUCACCCAGACUUUGAUGUCUCCGUCAUUAAAGUGCUGCAGCAGCAGCAGCAGCCACCGCCACCGGUGGAGCCUGAAACAGAGAAGAAAAUCUUAGAGAUGCAAACUUUCCUGCUGACAUACAUCACAGCAAAGUUGGAGCACAGUUUAAAACUACUGAAAGAGGAAGCUGAAACGGACCUACUGACCAAGGCUGAAGAGGUGGAGCAAAUGCGGGCCAGAGUGAAUGAAAAGAAACGCCAGUACCACGUACUGGAAAAACGCAAGCAACUGAACAGCUUACUGGAUUUACAGAUCACAUCGCUGACUCCUCUUGCUGCGGCUGCUGAACAGUUCGCUCAAGAGUACAGGUCCUUUGCCACAGCCAUAGACACCACCCGCCACGAGCUGCCAGUGAAAAACAUCCACAUCGAGGAGGACAGAGGACAGUUCCUGGAUGGAGCCGUCGUUUCCUUGAAAGAGAGUGAGCAAAUCCUGCAGCAGUACACAAGAGAUAUCCCUGCGGACACUGAGGUGACCUCAGAGUGUCUGAAAGACAUGAAGAACACGGCAGAGGACCUCAGUCAACAACUGCACAGGGGCUUUUCAGACGUGUUGGAGCUGUCUUCUUUAGUUGGCCGGGAAACAGUUCACAUCCAGCAGUCCAUAGAGGAAGACAAGCUUGGAUUCACUGCAGCUCAAAAUCUAUAUUGCGCAUAA